GCGGGAACGCUUAGGCUUGGCCUGUUCUUGGUGAGACGCGCUGAAGCAUCAGCGACCUUAGGAGGAUGAAUGCACAACUCAGUCUAGGAGACGACGACUGUGGAUAUUUCAGACGCAUACAUGCAGGCCAUGCGACGGUUUACAUGACUUAUGAGUCGCUGAGGCAACGAAGAGGGUGGAAUUGUGGUCAUCGUCGAAAUGCAAGUACGUACAGUACAAGCAAUCGACGUUAAGUUCGUCAGAAUACAAUCUGUUAGUUAACAACAU